CCGCACGGCGGCCCGGGGGCGGCGGGCGGCACCGCCUGGCCGGCCGGGGGGCGCGCCAGCCCCUGCGCGCCCCGCACCGCGGCCCGGCCCGCCGAGAGAUGGCGGAUUCCUAUACCUGCAAAGGUGGAAGGAAAGCUGCAGGCUCUAACAAACCUGCUGCCAGCAAAGAAAGCAGGACAGAGACAAGGAUAAACCCGCCAGCAGAGCUGCCCAAGCUGGAAAAUGCGACCAGUGACAAAACUGAAGGCAGGAAGAAAGGACGACCCAAGGCCGAGAAUCAGGCACUGAAAGACAUCCCUCUCCCCCUGAUGAAUCAGUGGAAGGAUGAAUUCAAAGCCCACUCCAGGGUGAAAUGUCCCAAUUCAGGCUGCUGGCUGGAGUUCCCCAGCAUUUAUGGCUUGAAGUACCACUAUCAGCGCUGCCAAGGGGGUGCGAUCUCGGAGAAGCUGACCUACUCAUGCUCGUACUGUGAAGCUGCCUUCACCUCCAAAACCCAGCUGGAAAAGCAUCGGCUCUGGAAUCACUUGGACCGGCCAGUGCCAACCAGCAAAGCAGAAAACAAAGUGCCCAAGGCCAUUGGGAAGAGCAGUGGAAAGAAAAGAGCUGCUGAGAGUUCAGCUUGCCCCACCAUCCAUCCCAAACAGCCAAAGACGGAAAAAGCUGUGGCCCAGGAGCACACGGAGAAUGGCGAGUGCCUGGCGGAGAGCCGGGAGAGCAAGGAGUUCCAGAUCGCAGCGGCCGAGGCGAUGGCGGCCGCCACCCCCACGGCCAAGUCCUCGAGCGGGAAGGACGCCGGGCAGCAGCGGGGCAGCCAGGCCUCGCUGCAGGAGGAAGACCCCGAGAGGAUGAAGCACAGAAGGAAACAGAAAACUCCUAAGAAGUUUACGGGGGAGCAGCCGUCCAUCUCGGGGACAUUUGGACUGAAAGGUCUUGUCAAAGCAGAGGACAAGGCAAAAGCCCAUCGAGCCAAGAAGUUGGAGGGAAACACCAGUAUGGAGGAGCUGAAAAAGAAAUCUCCAGGAGUUGCUGUGAAGAAGGAAACUGCUGUGCACCUACCAGCAGCAAACCCGGAGGACCAGUGGCAGCGGGAGAUCAGCGAGAAGGGGGAAGUCUCCUGUCCAACCUGCAGUGUUAUAACCAGGAAAACUAUUGUGGGGCUCAAAAAGCACAUGGAUGUCUGCCAGAAACUGCAGGAUGCCUUGAAGUGUCAGCACUGCAAAAAGCAGUUCAAGUCUAAAGCUGGGCUGAAUUACCACACCAUGGCUGAACACGUCAGCAAGCCUGUUCCUGUGGAAACCGCUGGACUUGGUGAACAGGAAGAGCGGGAAAGGCUGAGGAAAGUGCUAAAGCAGAUGGGAAAACUGAAAUGCCCCAAUGAGGGCUGCGUGGCCAACUUCUCCAGCCUGAUGGGUUACCAGUACCACCAGAAGCGGUGUGGGAAGCAGCUCACUGAGGCCGACAAGCCUGUUUUCAGCUGUCCACACUGCAGCAAGAAGUACAAAUCCAAGGCUGGCCACGACUACCAUGUGCGGUCAGAACACACGGCCUCGGUGAGCCCCCCGGAUGCUUCCGCAGCCCGAGGAGCCGGGCCACCUCCCCCUGGGGGGGACUGCAGAGCUGCUGUGGAGCCCGUGGGCAGGACAGAGCCGGGCAGGGCCGGGCCAGGCAAGCCUCCGGAGGAGCCAGAGGUGAAGCAGGAGCCUGCUCCCAUAGAAGAUUUCGAGAGGACCCCGAGCGGCCGCAUCCGUCGGACGUCGGCCCAGGUAGCCGUCUUUCACCUCCAGGAGAUAGCAGAGGAUGAGCUCGCCAGGGAUUGGACCAAGCGGAGGAUGAAAGAUGACCUGGUGCCUGAAACGAAGCGGCUCAAUUACACCCGACCAGGGCUUCCAAAGCUCAAUCCCAGGCUGCUGGAAAACUGGAAGAACGAAGUGAAGGAGAAGGGCCGCAUCAACUGUCCCAACAAUUUCUGUGAAGCCAUUUACUCCAGCGUCUCGGGGCUGAAAGCUCACCUGGCCAACUGCAACAAGGGAGACCACUUGGUGGGCAAGUACCGCUGCCUCCUGUGCCAGAAGGAGUUCAGCUCCGAGAGCGGCGUCAAGUACCACAUCAUCAAGGCUCACUCAGAGAACUGGUUCCGAACCUCCUCAGAGGCCAGCCGGAAAAAGAAAAACAGGGAACAGCUUUCUUCCAGCAAAGAAGAGAAAAAGAAAAGCACAAACGGGAAGAAAAGAGGGAGGAAACCCAAGGAGAGGCCUCCAGAAAUGUCUCCAAAGGGCAAAGAAAGCGUGGCAGCAAAGACUAAUCACAAGAAAACCCUCGAGCACUGGGAAGGCUCCCGGGGCAGCCCCGAGGGGGACGAGCAUGUCCCCAAGCCCCCAGGCCAGCGGAAGGGAGGAGCCAGCAAGAUACCUGAGAAAUGAGCAGCUCAGAGACUCAUGUCCAAGGAUUCGUUUACAGCCCAGGGUAACAGGGUGGGGGUCUCUCCCGGUUUUAUGUCCUCUCCUUCCCAUUCCACCUCCCUUCCCCCCACCCUCCUCUCACCCUCUUUUUACAAAAAGAAAGGAAAAAAAAGAAAAAAAAAAGACAGAAAAUACCAAUUAACCACUUUAAACAAGUCACGGACCUUGUUUCACACUGGAAAACAAACAGGAUCAAGGAAGCUGGACCGUUCUCCACCCCCUGCCUCUGUACAUACCCCUCGGUGGGACCCCGCUGCCUCCCCCAGCCCGUGAUUCCCUUCCCCUGCGCCAAACUGGUGACGCUUGAGUGAAAGAGAAGUGCAAUAGCAGCGGGUCCCGUGGAUGGGGACCCUCCGCCAGCAGCUGCGUGCCGGGGCAGGGAGCUGCCUGCCUGCCUGGCAGCCUCCAGCAGGCCCCAGCCUUCCAGCUCCAGGGCAAUGUUUCCAAAGAUGUUUGACCUGGUCGGGCAGAGGGUCCAGCAGCGGAUGCCGGGGGGGUCGGCAGCACUUUCCCCGCUGCCUCAGGUCGAGGGUGAAUGCGUUUGGCAGGGAUCGGCUCCGUGGAGUGUCGGCUUUGCAGGGUUUGUCUCAGCGGCACAGGCAGAGGAGGGAACAGGGAACGCGGGCACGGAGUGUGACCAGGGCUGGGGGUGCGGGGGGCGAGAGCGGGAGGUGGGACUGGUCGGGUUGGAGGGUUUAAUGGAAGGUUGGGGGAAUGUUGUGGGCACCGUGGAGAGUGGCAGUGCGACAAAGGAGGGGGCGCAAUGAGGGAGCUGUGCUCGGAUUGUAUUUGUAAACGCAUCUGGCAGUGCCGGGGUUGGGGGAGAUGGCAGCCAUCAACUUGCCCCCCAGCCUGGGGGUGCAUCCAAAGGUCGUUGAGAGUCCCAUUGGCUCUAUCCAAUCACACUAAAGGGAGGAAUGGGGUCUCGGUUCCCCAGUUGCAGCCGUGGGAGGUGUGUGAUGGGGACAGGGGCAGCAUCAAGUGACAAUCACGGGUCCUGCUUUGGGGCGAGCCCAGCCGCUGCCCAGACACCUCCCGCUCCCCUCGUCCCUCGGGGCCGGGACCCGCUGUAGGGGGAGUUCCUGCUCCCAAAGAUGCAUCUGAGCCCCCGAUCAUCCUCCUUGGGAUGAGAGGUCCCUGUGGUGCUGUCCCUGCUUGUGCUUUUCCCCUGGGCUCUUCUUUGCACCUGUGCUGACACGGUCAUCACACCUCUCUCCAGCCCAGAGGGAACCCUCCCUGGACCAGGACGUAUCCGUCUCCAGACAAAACCAGGCUACCUCGGUCCUUGGGAAACAGGCACGUUUCCUCUCGGUAACAGAACAGAAAACCUUAAUUCGAUUUUUUCCCUAUGCAGAGCCAGGAAAGUGGCAUCGGAGCUUCUGCUUUUGCUUUAAUCAGUUCAAACCUCAAUCCUCGCUUUCCCAGGAGUCGCUGCUCCUUGCUGCCCGCUAGAGGUUUGGUAUCAUUCCCUGGCUUCGAGCAGUGGCUCAGUCAUAAUUAACAUCCUCCACUGGCAGGUUAUUCCAGCCGGGCAGGGAGGAGGGACGGUGGUGGCUGAAGCCAGGGCUUCUCGGGGAGCCCGGUCUCCUGCUCUGUCCACAGCUCCGGCCCCUGGAUCCACGCUCUGCAUUGCCUGGUGAGCUGGGCACGUGCCUGCGGAUGAGAGAACGUGCUGGAGCACUGCUGGCUGCGCCGGGCCUCGAGGCAAUUAGUGAGAAAGCUUAAUUAGUCACUGCGGCGCAGCCUGGUCGCUGCUUGCUCUUCAUUGGAUCUGUGUUUGGAUGCUGUCACCGGGGCAGAUCCUGCCUCCCCGGGGAAGGGGGAGAGCUCCAGGAGGUGUAGGAUGUGCGUGCUUGGAGCUGCUCACUCUUUGUCAUGACAGGGACAUUGGGGCACUGUCCUGGCGGUGGUGUUCUCUGGUGCUGAGCCCGUGUGCCCUUGUCAAAGCCACAAUGGCUGGGAGGGCAGUGACCCCCCCAUGCCAAGAGGGUGUUUGGGGGGCACACUGGGGCUGCUGGGGAGGCCAGCAGCAGCAGGAAGGGGACAGCGGGCAGAGCUGGGGACCUGGCACAGAAAUCUCUGCAAAGGGGCAGAGGGAGCCGCUGCAUCCCAAAAUCAUGUCCCACCACCGAAGAAAGCCCUCGGGAAAGCUUCAUGUCCUGACCCAGGGAGGGGUGACCCAGGUGGCUCGGACUGCUGGCUCGGAUGGUCACCACACAAUCCCCACCACCUCCCCCCAGGCAGAGCCCAGGGCUCCAUUCUCAUUAAUGUGCAAUUAAUUGGCUUCUCGUCGAUUAAAUUAAGAGGCAGCACUGUGCUGCGUGUGGGGGGAGCCCUGGGAGCUGCUCAGGGCGGGGGAGACCCAGGGAAGGGCUGACUUGGGGAGUUGUCAGGGAGUCCACAUCAAAACCCAACGUCUGCUUCCUUAACGAGAGUGUCUGCAAAGGAGCAUCCUGAGAGGAGCAGGGACAGCUGUGGUGACCUCACAGAGUGACACCAGCCUGGAGGGGACCCCAGGGACCAUCUGGGAUCUUAGGGUCAGCAGCAGGAGCAGCAGUCCUGGUGCUGUCCCUGUCACCCUCAGACCUGGGAAACACACACAGCCCUGGUGAGGGCAGCACUGUGGUCAGUUGGGAAUUUCCAUGAGAAAAUGAAAUCUUCAAGGGUUUUUUGUUCCCCUGAAAAGGUGUUUUCCCCACUAGUAAUCACUCAGAGAGGAACAUGUUCCCCCACUUUCUCCAUGAGACAUCCUUAACUCUCCUGCUUGUCCAGGGAAGGUUCCAGAGCGAUGCCGGGACCCCAGCAGCUGCCAGCGAGUGGGCAGGGCUGAGUGACACCACAGUGGCAUUGCUGGGGCCGGCAGGUUGUGCCCCUUCAGGUGCUCCCAGUGAGGCACCGCCAGCUGGGAAACCACCUUGAUCCAGAGGGAUGGGCAGAGGCUGCAGGACCAGAUGGGGGGACAAGGUGUCCUGUCCCUUUCUAUCCCCUCAUCUGCAGGGUUUGGGAGUUUUGUCACCCUGGGGACAGUGACACUGUGGUCCCACACCUCCGCUGUUGUGGAAACCCACCCUCCCGUCACCCGUGUCCCCAAGGAAAGGGCUAAACCUCUGUGGGAGCAGGGAUGGACUGCAACCCCAUGGGAAGACCUCAUGGAAAGCUACAGUCACGGGGGGCUGCUGUGGCUGAGGAACCCCUGGCACUGACACCACACCCUGGUGAGGGUGGGUGUGCUGUGCUGGCUCCAGGCGGGAAGCGAGGGCCAAAUCCAGCCACCGUGGAUGGAGCUGCCUGGGCCUGGAGCAUCUCUCACACCCAGGAGCCUUGGGAGCGUUUUGUUCUUUUCUUUCUCUCCUCGUGACACCCAUCCCACGGCAUAUCCGAAUGUUUCUCGUCGAUGCCAGUUAUUAGUGCAUAAGUGUAUUUUGGGGAAAAAAUGAAAACAUUAAAAAAAAAAAAUAGGAAAAAAAAAGAAUUUUCAAUUUAUCACUUGUAACCAUAUAUAUAAAUAUAUAAAUAUAUAUAUUAAAAAGUGUUUAUUUGCAAAAAAUAAAAUUGUUUUAACGGUAAACUAUCUUAUAAUAAACUCCCGAUUUGUGACGAUCUGUUCUUUUGUUAAUCAUUGACAAAUCCUCAGUUGGAGAGUACUGUCCGAGCAGCUCCGAGCAGCUGAGCCCCUGCGGAGGCGCUCCCUGUACUGUAUGUAUGAAACAGCUGUAUCGAAUAAAUGGUUAUUGAUUUUUUAUUA